AACAUGUACAUACCUUUGUCAUCAACGCAGCCCACUCUUUCCUCAUAACCUUCAUCUUUCUCCCUCCUUUUGUGACUCCACUUCCUCACCUCAUGUGUAUAUAUACACAUAACACCCCUCACAAUGCUCACCACCUUUCUGUAUAUACACAUUCAGAAUUUAAUAUAUAGUCAAUGGCUUUAGGUGGUGGAGUUGUGUUUGAAGACUUCUUUCCAGUCAUGGUGGAGAGGUUGGGAGCAGAAGGGUUCAUGAAGGAGCUGUGCAACGGGUUUCAGUUGUUAAUGGACGGAGCGAAAGGCAUGAUCACAUUCGAGAGCUUGAAGAGAAACUCUGCAUUGCUGGGGUUGCAGGAGAUGAGUGAUGAAGACUUGAGGUGCAUGCUGAGAGAAGGUGAUUUGGAUGGUGAUGGGAGUUUGAAUGAGAUGGAGUUUUGUACUCUCAUGUUUAGGUUGAGCCCUGCUUUGAUGCAAACGUCUAAAGACUUGUUGGAGGAAGCUCUUGCUUUUGAGUUCUAGUUAGCCAUAGCUACACUGAUCUCUUAGUUUGUUGUUCUAGGGCAUGCAUGUAUAACUUUUUUUCCCUCUGGUUAUGAUCUGAUCAUCUGUAGUUGGAGCUUAUUAUUAUUA